CCGUUCGUCAUCGCUGAGCGACGCAGGGCACGUCGCUGGCGGCUGCGGCCAGGGCUGCUGUCAUGGCGGCGGCGCCCGGCCUGCCGGAGCUCGGCGACGGCUCUCCGGAGUCCGGGGCCGAGCUGGCGGCCUCGGAGGUGGCGAGCAGCGCCCUGCGCUCCCUGGCCGGGUUGGCGGGGAAGCUUAACCUUGGAGAUGAUGUCGUGAAAGUUGUAAUCGACUGGAGCAAGCUUCAGAGCACAUCAACACUUCAGCCAACAUUGCUCUUUAGUGCACUUCAGCAGCAUAUUUUAUGUUUGCAGCCUCUUUUAGAAAAGCUCCAGUCAUUGAUUAAAGAGGAAAGUGUAGGUCACGCUGAACCUGCAGGUAAAACAGAAGACCAAAGUUGUGAAACAAGUUUAAAUGUUUAUGAUAAUAACUCUCAGACUGAAGAGAAGUAUGCAAGUUAUGACUUGGGAGAUCUGAAGGAUGCUCAUUCUAAUUUUGAUCCAGAGGUGGUCCAAAUAAAAGCUGGAAAAGCAGAAAUUGACAGGCGGAUAUCAGCCUUCAUCAAGAGGAAACAAGCUGAGAUCAAUGAAAAUAAUGUCAGGGAGUUUUGCAAUGUUAUUGAUUGUAAUCAAGAAAAUAGCUGUGCCAGAACAGAUGCUAUUUUCACACCCUAUCCUGGAUUUAAAAGCCAUAUAAAGGUUUCUAGGGUAGUAAAUACAUACGGGCCUCAGACUAGAUCUGAAGGAACACAUGGGUCCAACCAUAAAGUUGGUGUACCUGUUCGUGAUUGUGGAAACCAAGCUGUUGAGGAGAGAUUGCAGAACAUUGAAGCACACUUACGGUUACAAACAGGUGGUCCUGUACCAAGAGACAUUUAUCAGAGAAUUAAGAAGCUUGAAGAUAAAAUUCUUGAGCUGGAAGGACUGUCUCCUGAAUACUUUCAAUCUAUAAGCUGUUCUGGCAAGAGGAGAAAGGUUCAACCUCCUCAUCAGAACUAUUCGUUGGCGGAACUUGAUGAAAAGAUCAAUGCUAUAAAACAAGCACUACUGAGGAAAACAAAGGAAAGCAAGUCCAGGGAAGCUGAGCAACUUCUUGGAUAAUUAAGAAGUCUUCAGAAUCUCAUCGUGUUUCAUACCUAGCCAAGCCAUAGACCAAGUGGUGUUCAUAAAAAAAUGACUUCAGCAGUGAAAAUAAAGCAUGCGUGUAUAAGCUCCUUUUGGAUAUUUUUGAAAGCUUGCUUUCUGAAGAACUCAUUUAAAAACAUUCUUAUGAAAGAAAUAGUUACUUUAAAAUGAAGAAUGCUUUAGAAAAUAGCAUUCUAAUAAUUCACUCCCUUCUGUUAUAAAGGAGGAUUGCAGUAUUGUUGUUACGAGGAAGGUCUUAUCCGUCAUACGAAAGCCACAUCUCAUAUGUACUUCUUGAUAAUCAAGUAUUCAGAAGGGGCUAUCUUUUAAUAUUUUUCAUGUAAGUAAGUAGUUUGCAUAGAUUGUGAAACAAAAUGAAAUAUGUUCUCAUAACUGUCGUAGUAGAAAAUAAAAAAAGAUAUUACAAAAGCUGCAGCAUGUGUA